GCCUGACAUAUCUCCAACAGGAACAAAUUGUCCCAACAAUCAACAUCCCAAUCUGCUGUGCGCAUCAGGGGCUGGACCGGAGUGGAUAGGCCUAAAUUGCGCGGACGGACUGCGCCGGAUUGCGCCGCAACAACAACCCAACUACAGACUAACACCAACGCUAUCGUUUUGGAUAGGAGCGUUUGGGCGGAGGAGUGAGAUCGGACAUCAUGUCUAUAUUACCGUCCUUCGGGUUUACCCAGGAGCAAGUGGCAUGUGUUUGCGAGGUGCUGCAGCAGGGAGGGAACCUGGAGAGGCUCGGCCGCUUCCUGUGGUCUCUACCCGCUUGCGACCACCUCCACAAGAACGAGAGCGUCCUCAAAGCCAAGGCAGUGGUGGCCUUUCAUCGGGGGAACUUCAGAGAGCUCUACAAGAUCCUGGAGAGUCACCAGUUUUCUCCUCACAACCACCCCAAGCUGCAGCAGCUCUGGCUGAAGGCGCAUUACGUGGAGGCGGAGAAACUGCGCGGCCGGCCGCUCGGAGCUGUAGGGAAGUACAGGGUGCGGAGGAAAUUCCCUUUGCCCCGCACGAUAUGGGACGGCGAGGAGACCAGCUACUGCUUUAAGGAGAAGUCCAGGGGUGUCCUGAGAGAGUGGUACACGCAUAACCCCUAUCCGUCCCCACGGGAAAAGAGAGAGCUGGCCGAAGCCACAGGACUGACCACCACGCAGGUCAGCAACUGGUUCAAAAACAGACGGCAGAGAGACAGAGCCGCAGAAGCUAAAGAAAGAGAGAACAGUGAAAACAACAACGCAGGCAGCAACAAACAGAACCAGCUGUCCCCGUUGGACGGAGGAAAGUCUCUCAUGUCCAGCUCGGAGGACGAGUUUUCUCCGCCUCAGAGCCCCGACCAGAACUCAGUGCUUUUGCUCCAGGGCAACAUGAGCCACCCCGGGGCCUCCUCUUACCCCAUGUCCGGCCUGGGUGCCCCACAGUCUGUGCACGGCAUGCACGGACACCCGCACCAACUCCAGGACUCCUUGUUGGGACCUCUAACCUCCAGUCUUGUGGAUCUAGGCUCUUAAGAGGCUGCUUGAUUACUUUAUUUUGAAAAACAAGAAAAGAAAAAAGACUGAUAAGUGUAUCAGAUUGAGUACAUGUAUGAAAUAACACUAUAGUACCUUAUAAUAUAGACUGACUUAUCUGUCGUUAAAUUUGGUUAGAACAAAAUUCCUUUAUGCGCUUAACCUGUCCUGUAGCCCCUGACAGGAGGUUUUCUGAUCUCCUGCCCAUGAAAAAACACAAUCAGCCCCUUUUUCUGGAACUCUUAACUCAACGAAACACUUAACCGGACUGCCCAUUUGCUUUAUUUAUGAUAUUUUGUUAAGAUAACAAAAGAAUUAUAGCAACGUCCUGCUAUGGAAACUAA